AUGGCGGGGCUGGGCCGCGCGCACAGCAGGGCCAGCCAGCUGGAGGACUACAGGACAGCACGGCGCGCUGAGGUGGUGGCCAUCUGCUCUCUCUUCCUGGUGCUGCUCUGGGGCGCCUGCCUCAUCCCGCUGCCGGCAGCGCGAGACCAUGUUGCGGGCGCCAACGACAGCCUUCUCUACCACAGCAUGCUCGGCCGCUUCAUGGGCAACACCGUGCGCAUGCGCCCGCGCGACCCGCACGGCCGCGCCUACGGCGUCGACAGCGAGCAUCUCUUAAAGUACGGCGACGGCGGACAGAAGGACAGCGUGACCGACGUCCGCGAGGUGGCCGUGCGGUGGCUGGAGUCCGAGGCCGCCGCCACACGGCCGCUCGACGCAGCGCCGGCCAAGGAAGACAGCAGCGGCGGCGCGGCCGCGCGCAUCCGGAUUCGCGCGCGCGCAGGCGCAGGCGAAGCCGAGGACCGGGAAGACAGGCAGCAGGGAACGCCCCGAAAGCCAACCACGCUGACCCUGCGCAGCCAGAUGCAGGCGGGCGCGUACGCUGCGUCCCGCGGAGAGGAGGGCUCAGGGGCGGACAGGGCGCCGGUAGCGCAGGAAGACAAGGGCGGGUUCCUAGUUGAGAACCCCGGCGCGGCCAACCAGGCAGGGGAUAUGGAGGCAGGGGAGGAGGAGGAGGGCGGUGGCUUGGGGAGUAAGGCGGCGCAGUAUGUGGCGGACACGUUGCAGGCCAAGUCAAAGGCGGCCACGCUGGGAGAGAAUCUUGUGGAUGCGGAGGCGGCGCGGCUGUCGGGGUCGGAUGGGUCGCGCUUCGCCUCCGAGCAGUCACUCGCCAAGGCCAUGGAAGCGGCGGCCGCAGAGGAGGAGAAAGGGGAGGUUUCUGGAAAGAAAAGCACGGCGUCAGGGGUCACGAAGGGAGGGGCGGCAGGGGCGUCGGAGCGCGCGAAGACCGCGGCAAGGGAGGCAUUUGAGGCGUGGCAAGCACGCAACCGGCUGCCUCCCGAGACGGACGAGGACCUGCUGCGGCCGAUUCCCCCGCCGCUCGUAUUCGAAAUUGACUCCCCGCACCUCCUGGACGAUGACAUGCUCGAGAUCCUGGAGAUGUCUGAGAGUCUGGACCAGGACCAUCCGGCGGCGGGCGAUGAGCCGGAGCAUGUGACAGCAGUAGAUGCUGACAGCAUGGAUGGGGAGAGCCUGCAGGAGGCUGUCGGCCUGCUGGCACAGCUGGAGGCAUACAAGAAGGAGACCCUGGGCCAGGAAGCCCUACUGAAGGAGCGGGAGGAAGCCAUGCUGGCCGAGCGGAAGCGCAAGUUUGAGGAGCAGGAGUACCGGGACAAGAUCCGCAAGGACAAGACGGCGGUGUACGACCACUACCUGUGGCGCAAGCUGCUCAUGGCCGCGUACGCCAAGCACGUCGACUACAUGAUGUGCCCAGACUGGGACGCCCGCUUCUCCGCCAAAAUUGAGCAGCUGCAGCGUGGCGGCCUUAGUCGCGGCAUAGUCAUCCCGGCUGGUGGGAACGUUCUGCUGAACCAUGCGUGGGCCACCAUCACGGUGCUGCGCGACAGCCUCAACUGCAGCCUGCCCAUCGAGAUCAUCUACAAUGGGCCCAAUGAGAUGGACCCCUGGUCCAUCCAGAAGUUCGAGAGCUCGUUCAAGAAUGUGCGCUGCGUCAAUGGCGGCGCUGUGCCCAUCCCGGCGUACGGCAGGCAGCUUCAGACUGAGAUGGAGGGCAACAAUAAAGAGGAAGAGGAGAAGGAUGCUUCGCAGAAGACGCAUGACAUCAGCGGCUUUGCGCACAAAGUGCACUCCCUCGUCUCAGUCACCUCCUUCGACGAGGUGUUGCUGCUGGAUGCAGAUAAUCUGCCGCUGGCGAACCCAGAGCGGCUGUUUGACUCGGAGGAGUACAGGCACACCGGGGCGCUGUUCUUUCCGGACUGGUGGGACGCGGGCGGCUGGAUGCGGCCGGCCGCUUACACGCUCUUCGGCCUCACGCCACCCUGGCUCCUCGACAGCGGUGCCGACUUCAAAACCAGCGAGAGCGGCCAAAUGCUCUUCAACCGGCUGUGGCAUGCGGAUGUGCUGGAGUGGGUGUGGUUCCUAAACAGCUACCCGGAGGUCAUCUACCGCACCAUGUAUGGCGACAAGGACACCUUCCGCAUCGCCUUCCACCUCGCCGGCAAGGCCGAGAUGUUCUCCCAGGUCCAGACUCCACCAAGGGCCGUCCUGGAUGCGACGCCAGAGGAUGAGCGGACGGGGCUGAUGCUGCAGGCUGACGCGGCGGUGCGCUUCCUGCACGUGGGCAUGCUGCAGCACGACCCGGCCGGCCGCAUGGCCUUCCUGCACCGCACUGCGGAGGGCAAGUUCCUGCCGCAGCGCGAUUCCUUUCGCCGCUUCCACCUCCUCACCGUGCCCCUCUCCCCCACCCGCGCCGCAGCGCUCCUCGGCGGCCUCCACAAACACAUGGGCUACGAGGCCUUCCAGAUCGACUUCCAGACGUACCGCGACUGCCCCGUGGCGGACGAGCGCAAAUUCCUGGAGAUCUGCGGCAUCGACGUGUCCUCCCCCAAGUUCCCCAUCCCGGUGCAGCCGGCCGCCGAUUUCCCCGACGUGAUGCGCGUCGUGCACCGCUGCGAGGCCGAGUACGAAUUCCUGCAGCGCCGCUACAAGGGCACCAUCGUGCUCGGCUAG